AUGCCGACUGACAUAGCAAGCACACCUGAUGAGUUAUUUGAAACUUUUGUUAAUGCUCAAACAUUUAAAACAAUACUUCAUUCGUUCGAUGAACUAUGUCGAUCAAUACGUCUCGAUCGAAAAACAGUUGGCUAUGGGAAACGUUCGUUAUAUAAAGUUUUAACAAGUAGAUUACCAUCAUGGAAAUCGAAAAGUCUGUGGUCGAAAAUUGAUAAACGCGGGGCACAAAAAGAAUAUGAAAAUGGUAAUGCUUGUGCAGAUAUGAAGGUAUGCAUUGUGGGUGCUGGUCCGGUUGGCCUUCGAUUAGCGAUUGAAUGUGCAUUACUAGGUGCACGGUGUAUAGUUGUUGAAAAACGCGACAGGUUUUCUCGACACAAUGUCCUUCAUUUAUGGCCUUACAUUAUCACUGAUUUAAGAAAUUUAGGUGCUAAAGUUUUCUACGGCAAAUUUGCUACAGGUCAAAUUGAUCAUAUCAGUAUUCGACAAUUACAAUGUAUUCUAUUAAAAAUCGCUCUUAUACUCGGUGUUGAAAUCUAUCAAAAUGUUACAUUUAUCGAUGCAAUUGAACCCAUAUCUACUCAACAUGGCUGGCGAGCACAGUUUAAACCUGAAAAUCACCCGAUAGUAUCAACGUAUGAAUUUAGUGUGUUAAUUGGCGCUGAUGGUCGUCGUAAUUCAUUACAUGGUUUUCAACAUAAAGAAUUUCGUGGCAAAUUGGCUAUUGGUAUAACAUGUAAUUAUAUCAAUCACCAAACUCGAGAAGAACAGAAUUUUGAAGAAAUAAGUGGUGUUGCAAAAAUUUAUAAUCCACAAUUUUUUAAUGAACUUCAACAACAAACAUCAAUUGAUCUUGAGAAUAUUGUUUACUAUAAAAAUGAUACACAUUAUUUUGUUAUGACAGCUAAAAAACAAUCACUACUUGAUAAACAUGUUAUACUACAAGAUUUCCCUGAUGCGGCAAGAUUAUUAGCGCGAGACAAUGUGAAUUUUAUGAAAUUAUGUAAUUUUGCUUGUGAAGCUGCGCAAUUUGCAACAAAAUCUUCACCACAAUUUGCAUUUGAAUUUGCCGAAGAUCAUUAUGGUGCAGCCGAUGUACAGAUGUUCGAUUUUACAUCAUUAUUUCAUGCUGUCAAUGCUUCUCGGAUUGUUGAACGUAAUGGUAAACAAAUCUUCAUGGCUCUUGUUGGCGAUAGUUUACUUGAAAGCUUUUGGCCCACUGGUUCCGGUAUUGGUCUUGGUUUUUUUGGGUUAUUCGAUACAGCAUGGUCUAUAUUAAAAUUUGCUAAAAAUGAACAUCCACUUAAGAUUCUUGUUGAACGUGAAAGUGUUUAUAAUUUACUAUCGCAAAGUACACCUGAAAAUACGAAAAAUAAUCAUCAAUUGUAUUCGAUUAAUCCGGCAUCACGAUAUCAAACUUUAAAUUCGAAAAGUUGCACAAUUGAAGAAAUUCGUCAUUUGUACGAUUCAGAUAGUAUACCAACUAUUGACAUGAAUAAUAAUCAUGUUAAAUUGAAUAAAAUUGAUCGAGCAUCUAUGCGACGUGCUCGAAGUUUUAAGCAAGCACCAUCGCCCAUAGGAUCAUCAUCAUCAUCGAAUGGAAGUAAUCACGAAGAAAAUUUAUUGCAAUGGUGUGAAGAUAUUAUCCAUCCUUACAGUAUUACAGUGAAAAAUGAUACAAAAUCAUUGCAAAACUGUCUUGCCUUUUGUGCUAUUGUACAUUAUUAUCGACCUGAUUUAAUUGAUUUUAAAUCGCUUCAACCUGAUCGUCCAAUAAGUAAUUUUCAAAUCUUAUUCGAUGUAAUGCAAAAUCAAUUAUCAUUACCACUCGAUCGUAAACUGCAAAAUAGUCUUAUUUUAUCAAUGAAAAGUUCAAUUGAAGAACGCAUACAUCAAUCAUCAAUCGUUCUUCUUCAAUUGUUGUAUACACAUUUUCAUCAUGAUCAUCAUGAACAACAAUUACAACGACGUCGCUCAAGUACGCCAUCACAUGAAGUUCCACCGACCAUUGUAGUAGUAUCAAAAAAAGCAACUGAUGAAACAAAUAAGACUAAUAAUAAUAAUUCAACAAUUAAAGUUAGUGCUUUGGUCGCUCACUAUUCAAAUGGUGAUACGUCACCAUCACCGUUGAAUGUAAGUGUUAAUCCGAUAGAAAAAACUAAAAAACAUGAAUAA